AUGGUGACAUACGCGGAAAUCCAAGCCUCGAACGCACUCAUCAACGAUGCCACGCCCCCGCGUGUCGCCGUCGUCGUCGGCGGGACCUCAGGCAUCGGCAAAUUCACGGUGAGGGCUCUAGUCGCGACCAAGUCCAGGAUGCGGAUCUACCUCGUCGGGCGCAAAGACGCCGCGGAGCGCUCGAAAGUCUUCAUACAGGAGCUGCACGCCACGAAUCCCCAAGCGCAGGUGGUGUGGAUCGAAGGCGAGAUCUCGCUGCUGGCGGAUGUCCAGCGUGUGUGUCUGGCCAUCAAAGCCCAGGAGCCACGCGUCGACUUGCUGUUCCUGAGCGCGGGCUACACGCCCUUCGGCACGCGCAAGGAGACGGCGGAAGGCAUCGAGAUCGCUCAGAGCCUGGUGUACUACUCGCGAGUGCUUUUCGUGCUGCACCUGCUGCCGCUUCUGAACCGUGCGGAAGCCCCCAGGGUCGUCAGCGUGGGCAUGGGUGGAAUGGAGAGCGCGAAGAUCGACCUAGACGACAUCGACCUCAGGGCACCCGGCAACUUCAGCGGGAUCAAGGCGGUGUCGCAGUACGCGGCCAUGAAGACGACGACGCUGGAGAAGCUGGCUGAGGAGAACCCUCAUGUGACCUUCGUCCAUUCCUGGCCCGGGUGGGUGGACACUGGCAACGUGAACAGAGGGGUGGAUGCGAAUUCGGCGUGGUCCUGGUUUGUCUGGCUGGUUCUGCGGCAUCUGAUCACCUUGUUUUCCUUCACCGAUGAGGAGUCCGCACAGAGGCAUCUGUUCCAGUGCACCAGCGCGGCCUAUGGUGGGAGGGGCACGCCGUGGAAGGGCAAGCCUGGGGUGAACACGCGAGGAACGCAGGAGAAUGGUUUGUUUCUCGUAAACUAUCGGUGCGACUGUACGCCGAACGCGAAGGUCGUGCGCUUGCUUCGAGACAAGGCAAGGGAAAUGGUGUGGAUCCAUACUCAGGAAGUUCUUCAACCAUAUCUGUGA